AUGUGGUGCCUGGUGAAUCUCCCCAACGGGACGACGUCCGGUGUCCAGUGUGAUCCGAAAAGGAUCAGCCAGGAGUGCCUGGAGAAGGUGUGUGCUGAUCUCGGUAUCAUCUGCGAAACCGAUUACUUCGGGCUGAUCCCGGUACGUGAUGGCGACAGUGUGGCGGACGUGGACGAGUGUACCGCAAAGCAAUGGAUCAACCUGCGCAAUCCGCUCCAUCUCUACACGAACGAUCGUACCCAUCCGAUCGUGUUUUCGCUCCGUGUCAAGUUCUGGGUACCGGCCCACCUGAUACUGCAGUGUAGCGUACGCACCCUGUUCUUUAUGCAGGCGCGCCAGGAGCUGUUCGAUGGCCAUUUGCGACCAGCAAGUUGGGCUAAUGCGGCCUACCUGGCGGCACUGCUGCUGCAAGCAGAUGGCUACAAGUACGAUCCGGCCAAGGUGCCAAGUGCGGCCGAAACACCCAUCGCAGCCGGUUCCGGUUCGACCACUUCAUCUCCCGAUCGACGACCAGCGCAAGGGCUGCGGCGACCAUCGAAACGCAAAUGUUCCGAAAUCGAAUGUAAACGUGGCAGCGUUAGCUCGCAGAGCAGCGGCAACACUACGCCAACGGGGAUUCAGCAGGAUGAGAGUGUUCCUGCCGCUGGUCAAGUCACCGGUUCCCAAUCGAUGGGUGAUGGACCAACCAACGCACCAAAGAAUAUCUACCACCGUUAUGGUGCACUUCGACCUGCAUUUGAAGAUGCCGAUGAGGAUCAAUCGGCGGAGGUAGUUCUCAAGCCGGGCAACUUCUAUCAGCAAAUUGCUCAGGAGCACGAGAAGCUGUCGCGCAUUCGUAUGACACCAACGUCCGCGCAGUACUGGCUGUUAGAGGAGAUCUGCAGCCUGGUCGGAUAUGGCGAGGAAAUUUUCGAGGGUGUAACGAUGGCCGAACCGGCGGUAGUGUGCAAAAUUGGCGUCAGUCCGCACGGACUUACGAUUGUUAAGGACGAUGAAAAAUAUAGCGUUCCAUUCACCGCUGUAAAGGCGGCCAAAUCGGUUAAGCGUUCCUUCCGGUUAACGUACAUGAACGAGAACCACGAGGAGACGCACGUGGAGCUAAAGUUACCGAACCACCGGACGGCAGCAUCACUGUACCGGGCAAUCACGGAAAAGCACGUCUUCUACUCGUGCGAAACGGUGCGCCCGAUCGUAACGACGCAGUUCAUACGCGAUCUCAAAGGCACAAUCGUGUCCAUGUUCAAUGAAGACACGGAACUCGGCAAACGGUACGUGUUCGACAUUCAGCGCACCUGUCGGGAGGUUUACGAUGCUGCACGGCGGACACUACACGCACGCGGUAUCGAGAUUGCACCGAGUGCUGAUGAGCAUAAGGAAACACCUGCUGCGGUUCUGGGCCGGUUGGAGGAAAGCCUCCGAGCGCGACAGGACGAAUCCGGACAGCUCGAGAAGCUGCUUGACGAACGGAUACGGGAAGCGAUCACCUGUCCUAUCUGUGCGGAUGGUGAGAUCGAUACUACCUUCCUGCCGUGCGGUCACAUGACUGCCUGUAGAGCUUGCGCCAUACAAUGUGACCGCUGUCCAUUGUGUCGGGCCAACAUCGAAAGUACCAGUAAAAUAUUUCUGCCUCCAUUGCUGCAGUCGCGCAAGGAGGGUGCCGGUUCGAACGCCGCAACCCGUCGAUCAUCGGAAAUCACUCCAAGCAUUCAGACGGGAGCUGCGAAGGCAGCUGUAACGCCCUUGGUACAAUAA